CAGGAAGCGGGGGUCGGACGGAGCAGCGGAGACACCGCGGCUGGAAUCCGGUUGAACCGUCACACAGGUGGCGGGAGGAGAGGCGAAGCUACACCGGGAACCAGCCACUGUCCGCCGGCGUCAUGGCGCUGAUCCCCUCGCAGGUGCUCCGGGUCGCCAUCCUCCUGUCCUACUUCUCCAUCCUGUGCCACUACAAGGCGCUGGACAUGCCCGCGCACCAGACCUACGGAGGCAGCUGGAAGUUCCUGACCUUCAUCGACCUGGUGAUCCAGGCCGUGUUCUUCGGCCUGUGCGUCCUGAUCGAUGUGUCCAGUCUGCUGACUAAGGGAGGCGACAGCAGGGAGCAGGAGCGCCAGCUGAGGAAGCUGAUUGGCCUGAGGGACUGGAUGAUGGCCGUGCUGGCCUUCCCUGUCGGAGCGUUCGUGGUCUUUACGUUCUGGAGCCUCUACCUGUACGACAGGGAGCUGGUCUACCCCAAACUACUGGACAACUUCAUCCCUCAGUGGCUCAACCACGGCAUGCACACGACCGUUCUUCCCUUCAUCAUCAUCGAGAUGCGGACCACCAAGCAUCGGUAUCCCAGGAGGCUUUGGGGCUUGGCCGCAGUUUGCUGCUUCGGCAUCGGAUACAUCCUCUGGACCUGCUGGGUGCACCAGGUGACGGGGGUGUGGGUUUACCCGGUGCUGGAACGCAUCGCUCCGCUCGCCCGAGUCGUCUUCUUCAGCGUCAUGACCUCGGUGAUUUGUAUCUUCUACGUCCUCGGAGAAAUCCUCAACAGCUACAUCUGGGACCAGUCACACACAGUAAAGGUCAAAGGUGAGUGAUCCUCUCGCGGACCGGAGAGGACGAGUCGUGCUCCACCCGUCCAGGACAGACCAAGAAAGAAAACAAGCGACCUCUCAGGAGGUGGAAGUGACCAUUACAUCUUUGAACUGUAUCCAUGUCAACAACCAUAAAAAGAAAAGACAGAAACAAAUUUGUUAAAUGUAAAAAGCGAUGAAGCUCCAUCUUUUCUGGUUUGGUUUUGCAUUUGAUUAUUGUUUUGUGAAGGACUGAACAUCUCCAUGACUCAUGUACUACACACACACACACACACACACACACACACACACACGUCAUCUUCUGGUACGAACUAUUAAACAAUGUGAAUAAAUCCCAUCAUAAGCUACAAUGAAGCCACUGAACAUCCAGAAUGUGUCGAACUUCAUUAUUCAUCCUCAGUCAUUUCAUGUGAGUUAAUAAAGUUUGGUUCAAAAUC